AUAUACCUUAAUGAGCGGGAGUGUUCCGUUCAACGCAGAAAUCAAAAAGUUGUCGAAGAAGCUCCAAGGUAUGAAUGAUGAAGUAGCCAUUUUCAUUCCAUGUUAAAGUUCAGGCGUAUAUAUACGUGUAUAAAACGCACAACUGGUCCCCUGCAUGUUGAUGUCCACAGACGUGAACACUAUAAUAAUGUAUUUUGGACAACUAAGACAAUCAACCACUUGUCUGGGAGAAGUGCUCCGUCAGCUCCGAUUAUGUUUAACUAUGGCCAAAGUUUGACCCCAUAGGCUCAUUUUUUACAGCUUUACAAUAAGGGUUAAAUUAUGCUCUACGUCUAUUUAUUUCAAAACUUUAGAAAAUUAAACUUCUGGUGAUCCAGACACGAUUUCUGAAAAAAAUAUUUCCAAGUUUAUAAACAAGGUGGUAGGAAGCAUGCUUUGAAUUUCACGUUAACUCAGGGUUAAGCUAACCUGGUUUUGAACAACCUGUCACAGGGAUAUAUGAUCCCGAUUAGGACUUGUAUUCUAAUUAAUGAAUUAAUGUCCUCAGAGGUCGUGGUUCCCAUUGUUGGACUUUUAUUCCAAUCAAUGUUUUCAGGUGUCGUGGUUUCCAAUGUUGGACUUUUAUUCUAAUUAAUGUCCUCCGGGGUCGUGGUUCCCAAUGUUGGACUUCUGUUCUAAAAAAUAUUCUCAGGUGUCGUGGUUCUCAAUGUUGGUCUUCUGUUCCAAUUUAUGUCUCAGGUGUCGUGGUUCCCAAUGUUGGACUUAAUUAAUGUCCUCCGGGGUCGUGGUUCCCAUUGUUGGACUUCUAUUCUAAUUAAUGUCUUCCGAGGUUGUGGUUCUCCAUGUUGGACUUCUGUUCUAAUUGAUGUUCUCCGUGGUCGUGGUUCCCAAUGUUGGACUUGUAUUCUAAUGAAUGUCCUUUGGGGUCGUGUUCCCAUUGUUGGACUUCUGUUCUAAUUAAUGUCCUCCGGGGUCGUGGUUCCCAAUGUUGGAGUUCUAUUCUAAAAAAUAUUCUCAGGUGUUGUGGUUCCCAAUGUUGGACUUCUAUUCUAAAAAAAAUUCUUAGGUAUCGUGGUUCCCAAUGUUGGACUUUUAUUCUAAUUAAUGUCCUCUGGGGUCGUGGUUCCCAAUGUUGGUCUUCUGUUCCAAUCAAUGUCUCAGGUGUCGUGGUUCCCAAUGUUGGACUUAAUUAAUGUCCUCCGGGGUCGUGGUUCCCAUUGUUGGAGUUCUAUUCUAAAAAAUAUUCUCAGGUGUUGUGGUUCCCAAUGUUGGACUUCUAUUCAAAAAAAAAUUCUCAGGUAUCGUGGUUCCCAAUGUUGGACUUUUAUUCUAAUUAAUGUCCUCUGGGGUCGUGGUUCCCAAUGUUGGACUUCUGUUCUAAUUAAUGUUCUCAGCUGUCGUGGUUCCCAAUGUUGGUCUUCUGUUCCAAUCAAUGUCUCAGGUGUCGUGGUUCCCAAUGUUGGACUUAAUUAAUGUCCUCCGGGGUCGUGGUUCCCAUUGUUGGAGUUCUAUUCUAAAAAAUAUUCUCAGGUGUUGUGGUUCCCAAUGUUGGACUUCUAUUCAAAAAAAAAUUCUCAGGUAUCGUGGUUCCCAAUGUUGGACUUUUAUUCUAAUUAAUGUCCUCUGGGGUCGUGGUUCCCAAUGUUGGACUUCUGUUCUAAUUAAUGUUCUCAGCUGUCGUGGUUCCCAAUGUUGGUCUUCUGUUCCAAUCAAUGUCUCAGGUGUCGUGGUUCCCAAUGUUGGACUUAAUUAAUGUCCUCCGGGGUCGUGGUUCCCAUUGUUGGAGUUCUAUUCUAAAAAAUAUUCUCAGGUGUUGUGGUUCCCAAUGUUGGACUUCUAUUCAAAAAAAAAUUCUCAGGUAUCGUGGUUCCCAAUGUUGGACUUUUAUUCUAAUUAAUGUCCUCUGGGGUCGUGGUUCCCAAUGUUGGACUUCUGUUCUAAUUAAUGUUCUCAGCUGUCGUGGUUCCCAAUGUUGGUCUUCUGUUCCAAUCAAUGUCUCAGGUGUCGUGGUUCCCAAUGUUGGACUUAAUUAAUGUCCUCCGGGGUCGUGGUUCCCAUUGUUGGAGUUCUAUUCUAGUUAAUGUCUUCCGGGGUCGUGGUUCCCAAUGUUGGACUUCUGUUCUAAAAAAUAUUCCCAGGUGUUGUGGUUCUCCAUGUUGGACUUCUGUUCUAAUUGAUGUUCUCCGUGGUCAUGGUUCCCCAUGUUGGACUUUUGUUCUAAUUAAUGUCCUCAGGGGUCGUGGCUCCCCUUGUUGGACUUCUAUUCUAAUUAAGGUCCUGAAAGAUGUGUUCCCAAUGUUGCUCUUCUAUUCUAAUUAAUGCCGUCAGCGAUUGUGAUUACAGAGGUGCAAUGCAACCUUGUUCACGUCUGCAUGGCGAUAUCAACCCGAGACAAGUCGUCUGUUUUUACGCGUGGGUAUAUGCGUGCGAGCGUUUGCAUGAGUUUGUCAUGCCCUGGUCAGAGGAGAACAAGAGAUGCAUAAGAGUCGACUGGCUAUUACCGGUCAAACCAGCAAAAACGUGACAUCAACGCUCAUCAACUCCCUUCAAACUUUGAAUCGGCUCAAAGAUGAUGAGAGUGCGCGAGAGUCGACGACAGUUGGCGGUCAAACGCAAGCGAGGGUUACAACUCUCUUUAUUGGACUGGGGGCUUAAUUAAUUUAUGCCGCGCGUUCUUUGCUGUAGUAUCAUAGCACAAUGACACUGUGUAACUACCUAUGUGUUUUGCUUAUGAUUUAUGUAUGAGUUUGAGAAGUUAAAAUAUCAUACAGAAAUACUAUCUUAGAAUUUAUUCGAAGAUGGUCUAUUUAUCUUUGAAUAAUAAAUGAUGAAUAAGAAGUACUAUAUCUUGCAUGUAUUAGUUCGGACAGAAGACCUGAUAUACAUGCAAUUGUACAAUUGUACAAGUGUUUGAAUCUUUUUUCGCUUCUAGUGUUUUUGUAGACCCAGACAUGAGAAAAGCGAUGGGAGAACAAGCAAUAGCAUUAGCAAAGGCAGUUGACUACGAUUCGGCAGGCACAGUUGAAUGUCUUGUUGAUUCAGAUAAGAGCUUCUAUUUCCUUGAAAUGAACACAAGAUUGCAAGUGGAGCAUCCAGUUACUGAGUUCAUCACAGGAGUUGAUCUUGUCGAAGAAAUGAUACGAGUGGCUGCAGGUUCGUUUCUGAUAUAUGAUAAAGGUUUGAGUUUAUUUACCCACGGCAUAGUUUUUCUGCACCGAAACAAAUAGUAACAAGAUGCUUGCUGAGGCGUUCACAAUAGCCCUGGGCAACAAAAUACAUGCACAAUCUGUAUAGCUGCGGGUGUAAUGUAGGAAAUUAAGGUGGGAGUUUCGAUGAUAAAAGGUUCGGUUGGUAGCUAUAUCUAGAGCCAAAAAACCAGUUACUGUACUUGAGUAACACUGUACUACAUACGUAGAAUUCUCGUUGGUUACUUCUUUAAUACUGUUACAUCAUUCCACAUAUUUUAACCCAUCCCUUAAAACCAGCCAUAGCAGUUUGAAGUAAAUUUUGCUAUGUAAAGUUCCAGUGAUUUUACCACCUGGGGCAUGCUUUGCCUUCAAAUAAGUUCACAACGAACAUGGAAAGUACGCCGCCGUGUUCUCAAAGCAAACCAUCUACUAUUGCAUUCACAUAAGAAAACACUCCCGGUAAUAAAUGGCCAUUUGGAAUCGGAUGGGCGAUUUUGUAAUCAUUAAUCACACAGCAUGAUUGUGUUUGGUGUUGUCUUGUAGAAAUCUAUAUUUAUGCCAGUCAGAAGUAAAAGUCCAGAGCCCAUUCUAAGGCACUAUUCCGCUUCGAGACCUGCAGUAUAAAAUUGUCUUGUGAUAAGCACGCCAUCUUCGAUAUUGAAAUUAUCAUAGAAAAUGGCUUCGAUACUAGCCUCCUCCCCAGGCCACUCUUUUAAAAACGGUGGGAUUACGCAAUACUUAGCAAAUUUCACCAAUUAUCCUUCACCGUCACGAUCCUUUAUGACCAUACUCUUGCUCUAUAAAUAUUGUGCGAUUCUACCGCGUUUUCCACACGUGGAAGCUGCUAGUUCUACACAUGGACCCUUUAGGAUUUCGUCCCGUGCGAACAGGUGGACCCAUAUAUCGCAUAAAAACAGUGUUUUUGAAUUGCACUAUAAUUUUUUUAACAGGCCAUCCACUUCAAUAUAAACAAUCCGAUAUCGGUAUUAAAGGAUGGGCUGUAGAGAGCCGUGUCUAUGCUGAGGUACGGAAGUUUAAUUGUGUGUUUGCCAUAUGAUAAAGAUGUUUUUGACAUUCUCUUCUCAUCUUCUGUGAUGACAGUAACAGACAAAAGAUUUUCUGCCAAUAUUCUUCAAUGUGCAUGCUUAACUUAGCAAGAACGGUAAAACAACGUAUCAAUAGGCUAUCGAGGCAGUGUACAGUAAAUAGCCUAAUUUUUUUAUAAUUCUAAAUACAUUUAUUCAAAAUACAAUCUUCAAAAUGACUUUAUUUAUUUAAAGGCACAGUUGAUUGAUGAGGGCGUAUUUUAGCCCUUUUAAUUGAAAACUUUAAACUUGAUUUUUUAACAAUAAAAAAUUAAAAUUGUUUUAAAAUGUUAAAAACAUAAAGUUUGCUGAUCUUAAUGAAUUAUGCUUAAUUGAUUUUCCUAGUUAGUUUUUUUUAAUAGACAACUUCCAUUAUAGACUAAUUUUAGAACUAGGCAAGGAGAUGCAAAUAGAUCACCACCGUCAGAACGAGCAUACUAAAAUAAGUAAAAUUGCAAAGUUUGGUUGCGAAAUGAUGUAAAAUGCGGAAAAUAUAGCCUUGCAAAGUUCGCAAAUUUUUUAUAUAUAUACUUUUGUAUUGCGUGCCGAAAUUGCUACCACAUUUGGGCCGAAAAUGGUCUUACUCAUUUUUGUAUGCUCUUUCUACAGGUAGCUGUGCAUGGUGAUUUAUUUGCAUCUCCUUGCCUAGUUUUAAAAUUAGUCUAUAAUGGCAAUUGUCUAUUCAAUGCGCCUUAAAAACCAUUAUUCAAAAGGCUCAACUGUGCCUUUAUAAAUACAUUGUUUAAUUUUAUGAUUCAUUGCCCUGCAAUCCUUGCUAACCUCACAUCUACACUACAAUUUAGUCCAUCCAUUUCUCUCUUCCUUCAAUUACCGUUUCGUUUGUUUGUUUCUUUUUAGUUUGUGUCCAUUUCAUUUCUUUCUCAGUCUGUCCGAAAAAUUUCUAAAAUAUAUUUUCUGGAACUAAGUUGCCCGUCGUCUGAUACUUCCUUCACCCCUGCAGGGCAUAGUCCAUAUACAAUAUUGCGGUAUAUGAUAUCCAUGUAUGUGAUAUCCAUUACAGCUGUCAAUUCGUUUAUUUUUAGGAUCCGUUCAAGAAUUUUGGUCUUCCUUCAGUAGGAAGAUUACACACUUAUAAAGAACCGACGCAAAUUCCAAAUGUAAGUGUUGAAUAUUUAUGCCAAAGAUUAUAAUAUCAUUAUAAAAGUCGAGCAAUUUUGACACAGUCGAAGUGAGUAAAUACUUAGUCAGUGCAUGCUUUGAAGCUUGUUUAGGCAAUUUCAGUUGUCUUGUUUAAAUAUUAGUUAGGCCUUUUGCCAAGUUUAGAAACAUUUCGAGGAAUUGUUGUUGUUAUUGUAAAUUUUUGUAAAUUUUAAAACAUUCGCUUUUCGUGUUGUGCAAAGGAUCUUUCCCCCGGAACACCCGAUUUUUUUCUUUAGCAGCGCAAAUGCGCAUGAGCUAUCAAGCCGUAAAACACGUAAAUAUUUCAGACGUGAAUAUCAAAAAAUCGUGAAUAUCAAUUAAUCAAUAUAUAAAUUGAUGUCAUGCAUUACAGGGCAUUCAAUCAAGUGCCGAUUAUUUAGACGGUAUAUUCAUUACACAGAGCUGGGAAGGAGCUAGACAGUGAUUUAUUUUCAAAUGUAUAAACAUUUCAGUAAAUAUUCGGAGAAAAUCUUUGAGGUUUUAGGCAUUCAACCUUUCCGCUUUUAAGUGAAAUUUUGAUCUAGUAGACAAGUCUGGACAAAAAUUUCAUCACAGCUUGAAAGAGCAUCACAGAAUUAGUAAUAGUCCGAAGUUUCGUUGCGAAAUGUUGUAAAAUGCGGAUAAUAUAGCCUAGCGAAGUUUGCCGUUUUUCAGUCAUUUUGUAUUACAAAUGGAAAUUGAUAAUCAGAUGAUCAAACUGAUUAUCAAUUUUCCAUUUGUAAUACAAAAUGACUGAAAAACGGCAGAGUUCGCAAGGCUAUAUUAUCCGCAUUUUACAUUUCGCAACGAAACUUCGGAAUAUUACUAAUUUUGUGAUGCUCUUUCAAGCUGCAUGUGAUGACAUUUUUGUCCAGACUUGUCUAGAUCAAAAUUUCAUUUAAAAGGGGAAAGGUCUAUUAAGUGUCGAUAUUAUUUUGACGGUAUAUAUUCAUUAUACAGAGCUAGGAAGUACCGAUACAGUAUUGUUUUCAAAUAUAUAAACAUUUCAGACAUGAAUAUUGACGCCAAUAUAUAAAUUGAUGUUUUGUAUUUUACCUGCAUCAAUUAAUACUUAAACUUUAGUCUUUAUAAAGUGCCGAUAUAUAUUGUUUAUACCGUAUAUUCACUAUACAUGGACUGCAUAAGGUGCUACACUGCUACACCUCAGAGUAGAUGGCUACACUCAGUACAAAGAUGAACAACAAAACAGAAGCGGGUGCUUGUAUCAUUGUAUGGCGUUCACGAAGAAAAUAAUCAACAAAAUAUAAACUUGCGAGACUCAAGAACAUCUCUUGACUCGCCAACCGCUUGACUUCCCAGCAGGCAGCAAGCUUUAUGAAAUAGAAGAAAAAGGCAAGGUGCCAAGGAGCUAUCCAACGUGCACAGUUACGGGCCUUGUUCACAUGUCUGGCACAAUGGUGCGAACUCUUGUUCAAUGCAAUAUUCAAAUGCAACGAGAACUCUACCAGAUCUUGCGAGAAUCUAUCUGUAUCAAAGCUUUAUCAAAACUGCUAUAAGCACUGCUAUAACUGUGAAACUAUUGACAUCCAAAAUGACAUUAAUUAUUGAAUAUAUACUUGCGAAAAGCUGAAAAUUACUCAUGAAGAACAACUUGAUCCUGGGAAUAUAAAGUCAAAGAGUAAAUCCAUUUACCGAGUCAAGUCCGAGUCAGUGCCGAGCCCGCGAGUCAAAUGCCCGAGUCGCGUAAAAAAAAAAGACGAAAGUGAAGAAAAUUCACAGUUGAAGGUUUAGGGUUAGGGUACCAAGUCAUUUUAUCGACAAAGGCAGUUAAACAGUGACUCGGACAUUUGACUCGAACUCGGAUUUGAGUCGGUCAGUAACCGCGGCAAACUCCGAAAUUGAAUAAAAUUCACAGUUGAAUAGGGUUAGGGUAAGUUAGGAGUGGGAUUAUGGUUAGGAUUAGGGUACCAAGUCAUUGAACUGCAAAAACCAUCGAUUAAACAAUGACUCGGACAUUUGACUCGGACUCGGAUUUGACUCGGUUAACCGACAAACUCUAAAGUCAAAGAUCAAUGAGGAUGCGGAACGGAUGUGGGGAUAAAUGCGUCAUUUCAAUGAGUUUUUUCGCCUCAUUUUUACGUUUCUGUGUUUUUCAUUUAUGUUUUUUGUAAUGGAUGCAACGUCGUAUUAACUAGUUGUACAGCUAUUUCAGUUAAAGAGUGUCACUGAGACAAUAGUCAAAUGUGCAAUGUGGGCGCUGAUAGUUUUAAAUAAGUUUAGUAUAUCAGUAUGGCCUCAUGGGAAUACUUUCAGCGACAGCUCCCAAUGCAAAUGUUGUUUUUAUAAUAUACAACAUUUGGUUGUUGGUGAAACAAUUUAAAUUUUGAGUUGUCGCGUGUAGCAUCACAAUAAAUAAAUAAAUUGUAUCAGUCCACGAGGCACGACGAAGGAAGUGACAAGGAACUGUUUAUCUCGUAAAUACGUUGUUCUGAUCCACAUUUUUGAGUAACGUGCAGGGUUGGUAUGUUAGAUGAAUAAUUAGGCCAAAUCGUCAUUAAGUGCCGUUUAGAAAACAAAUAAAACAAAAUCCAAGACAAAGAAAACAAAGUGACGGUGUUUGGCCUAAUUAUUCAGCAAACCUACCAAUGAUAACGUGCCUCCUCUAGCCUAUGCUUGCUGGACCCUAUACAGUUCUUGCCGUGCCUUUUUCAAUUUGAAACUUUACACUAUCCUUGGAUCCCUAGUUCUUGCAAUCGCGGUUCAAAAAUGAAAACAGAAAUGUUUUGCUUGGGAGAAGAUUACUUCAAAUCAUCAUAGUUUAUACUACAUAGAAGGACUGCAAAACAUUAUGUAAUAAUAUACAGAUGCACAGCAAAAAAUCAUUUUCUUAUUUUAAGAGAAAAAAAUUUGUUUUAAGAAAAUGUUCUUGAAAUAAGAAAAUAUUUUGUUGGGAGAAUAACAAGAAAAUGUUCUUAAUAAGAAAUUUUCUUAAGAAAAUUUUUUUAUUAAGAAAAUUUUCUUGAGAAAAAAUUCUUAUGGUGCUUACACUUAAUAGACGUGUACACUGAUUGGGGUAAAACAGAAAGGCCACUCCUUUGAUGAGGAUAAUGUUUUAGUGACGAAAUCAUUGGGGACCGCAGGUAUAUGUCCGAUUGAGAGGGGUACAUGUCCGUUAAUAGUGGUUCGACUCUGAUUUGACUGCACAAUAGCAUACCAUUUUCAAAAAAAAAUUUUUUGAAAAUAUCAAAGUAACAAAUGUUUGCCUUCUAGCGGUGCGAUGUCAGAUUAUUUUAAAAAGUGGAAACGUAGAUAAUGGUUGGAGAAGAUGCUUAAAUUUUAUCGUUUUACAUUUUGCGUUUUAGGUUCGUGUAGAUAGUGGUAUUGUUGAAGGAAGUGAAAUCAGCAUAUAUUAUGACUCCUUGAUUUCAAAGG